GUCUCCGCGGGCGAGGAAAGCAAUGCGCUUCUGAUCCUGGAGGAGCGCCCGACCUCUGGGGCCCUCGGGGCUGCCUGGCUUAGGCAGGGGUGUGGGCCGGUGCUGCGGGUGCUCCCACCGCUCCGGCCACGUUGGGCUUUCGGCGCCGAGGAGGGGCUCCCGGCACGUGUUGAGAAAGGCGGGAUCUCAGAAAGGAAAUUUCGGUGAGCAGACCCGCAUCGGGCAUUACCAUCCCCGUCAGUGGGGCCAUUUUGAGCACAGACGCCCCAUCCAGUGGCGGGGUGUAUGAGCUCCUGCCGUACUGCGCGAAGGUUCCUAGAGGUGAGCACCAGCCAGUGGUUACACGCAGGGUGAAACUGAAGGCAGGUUCCUUCACAGCUCCAACCUGGCAUUCUCGGACAAUGGCAGCUGAGCCCGGGAUGACCAGGUCCCUGAACUCUGUAGCCUAGGCUUUUAGGGAACCAAAUCAGUUGUGAAAGAGGAGAAUUUGGACAGCAGAACAAAAAAGGAAGAUAGCUCCUUGGAGCAGAUAUAUUUGUCAUAGGAAGCUACAUCAAACCCUGGGGACUUUGGAAAGCCUCCCCAUCUGCUCGUUUACUGGGAGGUGGAGAACCCCAGGAAGGCAUCCAGUCAGUCCUGGGGGCCAGGCCAGGAGCAGGUAAAGCUAGAAAGAGACGCCAUGGAAGAGAAGGCGUUUGGCCAGCUGAAGCCCAUCGAGCCUGUACAGAAGCUGCUCCCUCAUGUGGACCAGGAAGCCUGGCAGGAAGCUGUGAGCAAAGAGUGCUGGUGGAAGGCCUGGGUGAAGAAGCCAGUCACGUUUGAGGAUGUGGCAGUGAAUUUCACCCAGGAAGAGUGGGAAUGUCUAGAUGCCAGUCAGAGGGUCUUCUACCAGGAUGUUAUGUCAGAAACCUUCAAAAACCUGGUGUCUGUGGCUAGACUCUUUCUGUCUAAUCCAGAUCUGAUCACCAAGCUUAAACAAGAAGAGAAACAGUGGAGAGCAGAUCUCCAUCACCCCGACAGAGAAGGCCUCCCUUCAGGAGGCAAGAAGGAGGAACUUCAAGGGCACUAUCAGAGUUUGAGAUAUGAGGGGACUAGUGAUGACAAGGUCUUCCUUGCUUGCAGAGGGUCAGACCUGUCCUCUGCUCCAGCUGGGUCCAUGGGCAGGACCCCAGUGUUCCCAGCAUCUUGGGCUGGACCCCUCUUUUCCUGCCACACCUGUGGCAGGUGUUUCAGCAAGCGCUCCAACCUUCAUAGCCACCAGUUUAUUCAUAAUCCUAAGCAGACUGACAAUUGUAGCCAGUGUGGGAAGUCAUUUCGGAACCCCAAGGCCCUCAGCUACCAUAGACGCAUGCAUCUGGGGGAGAGGCCCUUCUGUUGCUCACUCUGUGACAAGACCUACUGUGAUGCUUCUGGACUGAGUCGUCACCGCCGUGUCCAUCUGGGUUACCGGCCCCAUUCAUGCCCCUUCUGUGAGAAGAGCUUCCGGGACCAGUCUGAGCUCAAACGCCACCAGAAGACACACCAAAACCAGGAGCCAGUGGCUGGAAACCAGAAGCAUAUUGUGAGGAUUCCAGGCACCCCCGAUGGAACCCAGGAACCUGCUGUCAGGAGCCAGGGGUUUGCAGCUAGGAGCCACGCACUGGUGGCCAGGACCCAAGAACCCAUAUUUAGAACCAAGGGUCCUCAAGCUCCCACACAGCCAUCGACAGAUAGGAACCAGGCACGAGGACCUGUGACCAGGACCCAGGCAGCCAACCCUGGAGCCUGCUGCCUGAAUUCCAGGUCCAAGUCUUACCUACCAAAGCCUUCAAGACUCAAGGUCUUCUCUUGCCCUUAUUGUCCCUUGACUUUUAGUAAGAAGGCCCAUCUCUCCCGGCAUCAGAAGGCCCACCUCACAGAGCAGUCAAAUAGCUGCUUCCGCUGUGGCAAGUCCUUUAGCUCGUUCUCCGGGCUGGUCAGGCACCAACAGGCUCAUUGGAAGCAGAAGGCCUACCGUUGCCCUGUCUGUGACCUCUGCUUCGGGGAGAAGGAGGAUCUUGUGGGUCACUGGGGGGCCUACAAAGCCAGGGGGCUGUGCUGGGACAGUCCUCAGAAAUGCUGGGCCAUCCUGGGCCAGUGGCUUGGCCUCUUACACGAUGCCACCUCUAUGGCAGGAAAGGAGAUGGAUCUCCUAGGAUCCAAGCCCAGGAGACGGGGAAAGGGAGAAGGCAUGCAGGGGGAAAAAAGUAAAUGAGGCAUGAGGGUCUUGGAACAUUAAUAAAUGGUCUUU